GGAAAAAGCGAAGUGGGGAGAGAAACACGUGGGAUAACCAACGUUGAAAACGAACUUGGUACGCUCCUUUAGCUUGGUACAACAGAAGCUGCCCCGGCUUAUAUUUCUUCUCCGGUAUUUUAAGUAAUUUUUUAACCUAAAACUUCACAGAUGGCACCUUCAAAGACCAACCUGAAGAGGAAAACGUCAAUAACCCCGAGUAAAACACCGACGAAAAAGGUUCGGAAAUUAAUCUUAUCAGAAAUUACUGAGACCACCACUUUUGAAACUGAAAACAAGGAGCCUUGUAAUGUUAUUGUGAUUGGGGAUGGUGACACCGGCCAGUUAGGCCUCGGCCCUGAUGUUACAGAGAAAGCGAGGCCAGCUGUAGUUGCCAAUUUAAAAGAUGUUGUAGAGGUUGCCGUCGGAGGGAUGCACACAGUUGUUUUAACUAAAGAUAACAAAGUUUUAACUUUUGGCUGCAAUGAUGAAGGUGCUCUCGGGAGAGAUACAAGUGUUGAAGGCUCUGAAACUUCACCUGCCCCAGUUGACAUUCCAGCAAAGGUUGUGCAGAUAUCAGCUGGGGACUCUCAUACUGCAGCGAUCACAGAUGAAGGUCUUCUCUAUGUUUGGGGUACAUUUAGGGAUACUCAUGGAUCGAUGGGUCUAUACCAGAAGGAAAUUGAAAAGUUUCCUAUAUUGAUUAAAAGUAGUGUAAAAUUUUCAAAAGUAGCAUCAGGAGCUCACCAUUUGGUCCUCUUAGGAGUUAAUGGGAAUGUAUAUACAUCUGGUUGUGGGGAGCAAGGACAGUUAGGUCGUUUGUCUGAGCGUGCAGCCCAUAGAUAUUCCCGACAUGGUUUAGGGCGCCUUUUAACACCGACUUUGGUAAAUAUGCCAUUUUCCGUUCGGAAUAAAAUUAAUAUUGUUAACAUCUGGACAGGAUCAUACAACACAUUUGUCCAAAAUACAAAUGGCGACGUGUAUGUAUUUGGUUUAAAUAACCACAAUCAACUGGGGAUUGAUAAUUCCUCUGAAGAUAAUAAUGUUUACUUUCAUCCUACAUUGAGUAAAACUUUAUCCGGAAAGAAUUGGGUAAAGAUUUCUGGUGGAGAACAUCAUACACUUGCCUUGGACGAUACUGGUACAGUCUAUGCUCUCGGUCGAAAAGAGUACGGUCGGCUUGGCCUGGGAGAAAACUGUUCAGAUGCUGUUAAGCCCACUGAAGUAAAAAUUGGAGAAAAUGAGAAAUGUUCAGACAUUUCUUGCGGGAGUUUUACAUCCUUCGCUAUUACUAAGGAUGGAAAACUCCAUUCUUGGGGUAUGAGCUCUAACAUGCUUGGUCAUGGCGAUAGUGGUGAUGAUGUGUUUGUACCUACUUUAGUUAAGGGGAAGCAGUUGGAAGACAAAACAGUGUUGAAAGUAGCAGGCGGAGGGCAGCACACUGUGGCACUUAUCAAGGCAUGAUAUUUACAAAAUAAUAGUCCACUUUGAACAGACACUUAAUUUAUUUUGUACAUAUCUUUUAAUAAAUAGUUUUAGGAAAACUAAUAUCUGAUGUUAUGUAUAUAAUCUUGUAUUAAAUGUAAUAACUGUAGAUGGUUUACAUACAAUGUCUCUCCUGUUUAAGAAUUUGUAGUUUUUGUUGUAAUGUAAUUAUUUUUACUUUGCUGCCUUACAAUUUUUUUAAAUUAUUUUUUAAGUGAAAUUUUGUGAUUUAAUUGAUUCAAAAUUUAUUUAUUAACAUUUCAACUCUACUUGUCAUUAUUUGUGCCAUGUUCGCAGAUUAGUUUGUUCUAGCCCUAGACCAUAAUUUAGAUUGUCUUAAAUUUCAUCCUCAUGUAUUGCUCUUUUUCUUCUCUUUUUUUCUACACAUAUUUGUUUUAAAUAAUUUUUAUGCUAAAACAAAUUCUUAAGUUAAUGCAUUGUGUAUUCUAUAGAAUAAUGCAGUCACAUCAUGUUUUGUUUUUUUUCUGAAAGAGUGAAAAUAUGUUUUUAUCAACAAUUUGUUGGAAAAAUAAAGGUUUUGACCUUAUUCAAAUUUGUUAUAGUAGAUAAAUAGACAAGAUGGAUUGUACUAUUAUAACAACAGUAUCAUAUUGAAAGAAAUUAAUGACCUGACACAGUACACACUUUUGGUCAUUGCUAACUUUCUUUAGCAUAUUAUUAACUAAUUCAAUGUUUGAUUUAUAAACAAAUAAUUAUGUUCCUUUUUGUUUUCAGUAUGAAAUAUAUUUUAGCAUUUUCAAUGUAAUAUACCUUUUAAAUAAGUUAAUUAAAUAACCUAGCAGAUUAUUUUCCAGAUAACGUCUUAAUAAAAACAAAUGUUUUGAGAA